UCAUGAAGUAAACAAACUUUUUUCGAACUGAUGCUUUACCGCGCAAGUUUGGAUUUCGCGGCAAAAUUCAUUUUUAACCAAUCAGAUGCAAGUAUAGCUGACGUCACGAUUCUCGAAUAAGAGUCAAAAUGGCGGCCAUGUUUGUUGUGAGUUGUACUUUUGCAAAACUAUGAGCGAUUUUGCGAGCAAACUCUCCUUUCUAAGGCCUGUUUCGGCCAAGAAGAAAAAUAAGCAUCAGCUUUUCUCGCCGGCUGUAAGUUGUACAAGGCUGAGGAGGGUUCAGGACUUAUUACAAUGUGAUGAUAAUCCAGUAAAUGGUAUCCUUUGUGUCCUUGGUAUUGAUGGCAGGUACAAUGGUGGAACAAAACAUCUGCUUAAUUACUUACUUUUUGACUUUUGUGAACUUACACCAGGAGAUUUUAGUGGAAGUAGAAUUACAGAUGAGGAGCUUGAAGAUAUUGUGGUUAUUGUGAAGGCAGAAGGUGUCCAUGUCUACUGCAAUCCUAUCAACUAUCCUUUACUGCUUCCAUACAUUGCAUACUGGAGAAAUCUACACAUACAUUGCUUGAAUAAGGAAGAGUAUGAAGGUGAUGAGGAGAAGGCUGAAGAAUUCAAGAUCGUUAGUUUCAUCUCCAUGGUGAAUGGCUGCCAUCAUCUUGGUGUACCAUAUGGAGUCCCUAGUCCAGGUGACCAGCAGCCUCCUUUUGAUCCAUUUGUACUGGAGAAAUGGCCACUAGUGCAAGCAUUUGCUCUGGAGGGCUUUGGAGGUGGUGGAUUUUUCACCAUGCAUCAUAAGGUUGUUGAUGUGACUCAAGAUUUGGACACAAUUUAUGGUUUGUUGGACCCCGUGGUGGUGGAAACCUUUGUCCAAGAGACUCUUCCUUUAUUUGAACGUCACUGUAAAUCUGUUCUGACAAAUGUGGAUACAGAAAGCUCUGAUGAACUGCUUAAAGUUACAGAAAGGAGUUUAAGUGAGCCCAUUGUAAGUUAUUUCACUCAUGGACACAUUCUUGACAGAGACAAAACCAUGAGGUACAUGUAAGCUAAAAUUUAUGCAAACAUGAACUCCAAACAGAGCUAGACAAAAACUUCAAUUCCAGCUUGCCCUUGGGACAAGUGGCUCUCAAAUUUUGCUUGCCCUGGGCAAA